UUAUUGUCGCCAGCUUCAUGGCGGUUUUCCUUCUGAGCAGAGUUUCAGGAAUGUGGAGACCAGCAGCCUCAGAUCGCCUGGGGUGCCGUCGUUUGAAAACUUUUUCAAAGGCUAUGAAUUAUUAACACAAACCCUCCGGGACGCUCGUCUCUGUCUUCAUGGUAACGCGGCGGACGCCCAGCCUCGCUGUUGUGGUGUUGCGCUGCCUGUGAAGAGAAAGGGGGGCGGAACCGGAGAGGAACGACGUUUCUCCGGUUUCUUUCUCUCCCAGUUAAAGGCAGAAUCAGUCGAAGAUGGUAAGGAGAGCACGGCUGCAUCAGGACAGACAUCGUAGCCAUUUCACGACGGAGCCUACUACCCUUUCACCAGUGACACCCAGGGGACCCACUCAUCAGCAGGGAUCCCGUCCCUCCUGAAUUCCCCCCUCAGCCAGCACUCUGUGAACGGCCACUGUGUGCCUGCGCCAGCCAUGACUCCAUCUAGCGGCGCCUCCACCGUCCUUCCUUUCAAGUUCCGCCCGCGCAGGGAGAGCGUGGACUGGCGGCGCAUCAACGCCGUGGACAUAGACCUGGUGGUGAGCCAGCUGGAUGUGGACGCCCUUCAGGAGCACAUCAGCACGGUGACCUUCUGCAGCUUGGACGGGGAGCGUUGCCAGCGGUGCCAGAACCCCGUGGACCCGGCUCUGGUCAAGCUCCUGCAGCUGGCCCAGCUCACCGUGGAGUGGCUCCUCCACUGCCAGGAGUUCCUCACACUCAACCUGCGAGCGGCGGAGGAGAGGCUAGCGGCCGCCAGCAGGGAGCGCGAGCAGCUGCUGGCCCAGCAGAAGAAGCAGGAGGAGAAGGUGCAGACGUUAACCGCCGAGCUCAAGCAGAGGAAGAAGGUUAUUCGCACCCAGCAGACCCUGCUCACGCCUCGAAUCAUCAGCAGCCAUAAGUGCCCACAGUGUGAUAAAUCCUUCCUCAAUUCCUCCUUUCUCCAGAAUCACCUGCAGCGCCGCCACCCUGACGAGUAUGAGAUCCAAUUGCGGUCAGACAAUGAGAAGAGAUCUCAGAUUGAAAGCCUCAAAUUGGAGAUCAGCAGUCUGAAGGAGCAGAUUGUUCAGCAGCAGCACGCCUUGCAAGUCAAAACAGCUCAGGAAAAAGAGCAGCAGUCCAUGCACAAAGACUUGCUGAGAGAAUUGGACCGUUUUAAGGCUGAGGAGAUGGCCCGCAUGGACAGAAAAAUAGAAGACAGCAGGGAUGGCAUUCGCAGGGAGAUGGAAUUUCUUUACACCCGAAAUAUCCAGGCUCUUAAUGAAGCAAAUCAGAAUCAGACAGCCAAACAUGAAAAAUCAGCGAGCCCUGUUCAGUCGCAGCCAGAGAGAGAUCUGGACAACUACAGAGAGAUGCAGAUACAAGCCAUCCAAAAGCUGGAGCACCAACUGAAGAAACAGGAUAAAAAGUGGGAAUCCAGGCUACAGGAUAUAAAGGCUCAACACGAGUUGGAAAAGAAUCAGUUGCUGAACGAGCUGAGCAGGAUGCAGUCGUCUGUGUCUGAGCACCAGGACCACAGCCGCAGGUUGCAGCAGGACAUGGGGAGGAGGCUGCAGGAGAAGGAGCAAACCAUCAAGGCUCAGCGGGAGCAGAUAAGGAAUAUUUCCUCACAUCCACCCACCAAAGUAGUGGAAGUACCAGUCAUUGUCAGCGCACCAGCUCCGGAGCCUAAACCAAAGAGAGUUGCACUUGAGGAGCCAGUCUCUGCUCUUAAGCUGGAUCCUAUACAGGAGCUGUCAGAAGAGGAGAAAGACUCAAGCAGCGGCUCCGAGAGGAAGCCAGUUGAGAAGAAGCCUGAGCCUGUACCAGAGAAGAAACAGAGGGCUACCAUCAGUGCUCUGAAGAGGAACACCAGCAUCAAGAAAGAUAUGCGGCUAGAGCUCGAACAGGCUGUUGUUAAGAAGCUGGAGAACCUGGGAAUCAAGCAUGAUCAGAGUGGUCUCAAGAAUAAAGAGUACAGUUCCAUCCUGGCCAAGGUGCAUUCAAAGCGGGAGAGCGCUGCAAAGGGGAUGCCUGAAUACUGGCACCAUCGGGAGGAGAUUGCCAGCAAUGUGGAGCAGAAGCUGGGGGGUCAGAGGAGAGGCAGCGACCCUGCUCCUGAGUCACAGGCCAGAUCCAGACAAUCGGUUCAAGUGCUGCAGAUCAGGCCUCGAUCCAGUAGCCUACCCUCCAGAGCGACCCAGGUGAUGUCUGGACCUGCAGUCAAACAGCCAAAGACCCCCCAGCCGGCGCCGAGGACCAAGACCGCCGCCCAACCCAAGACAUCAACACCCAACACCAAGACCGCUCUGAGGACCUUCACACCAAAGACCCCUCCUUUCAGUUCAGAUGAGGAGUCUGAAGAAGAGGAGAGCGAUAUCGAGGAGGAAAAGCCCCAGAAACACCAGAGGGGCAAAUCACCACAGACCAGACUACACCAGGCUACCCCGGUCCAAAUCAGAGCAAGCAAAGCCAGUCCAGUCCAGGCCAGGCAGGCUCCAGCCAUGCACUCAUUCUCCUACAACCCCCAGCAGGGCCGGGGGUCAGCGGGCAGUGUGACCAAGACGGCACUUACAAAGAUGGAGAGCGAUGAGGAGGAGGAGGACGAUGAUGAGUGGUCAGAGGUCAGCGAGCUGCAGGAGAUUGACCCGAGACAACUCCAGAGUCACAAAGACCAGAACGGCAACGUGGAUAAGAGAAACUUUGGUAAAGAGAACAAAGUCAAUGACCUGGCCAGAAAAAUGGAGAAGCAGUUUGCAGAGAGAGCGGUGAAGAAACCAGCAGGGGGCAUCAGUAUAUUACCAGAGAGGAAGGACGAGGUUGAGGAACUCACGUACACAGAUCUGGAGGAGAGCAGUGACUGGAUGGUCUCCUCUUUAGAGGACAGACAGGAAAUUUCUAAACCAGCUCAGGGCUCUGCACCAACGAGGAAGAGCCUGGACUCACCCAGCACCAGCGUCUGGGGAACCUCCACAGGAAAGGGUCCCAAAUCAGCAGGUCUGACUGAAGCUGGAACAGGAAGCACCCUGAAGAGCAGCCUGUGCUCCCUCAGUGACAUCAGUGACUCCGAGGACAUUAGCAAUAAACACAAUAGACACUACAGCUGAUCAGGUGAUGUAGCUCUAUGCCAAGCACACGAAGACCUCAGUCAACUCUUCUGACAUCUGCAGUCUAAAUAGCCACAUUUUGUACUGUUAUUAUAAGGAAGCUAUAAUACAGAGCAAUACUUAGCAAAGGGAGUUAGGAUUCUGAAAUGGAUUAUUGUAUAGAGAUGAAUGAGAUUACAACUUUUUAUUGACUUUUCAUUGUCAGCCUCACCUUAAUGCCUUGUGCCAAUUCUCUUUGCUUGCCUUAGACCCUGUCAGUGUUCAACUUUAUACUGAUUGUUUUUGUAUAUUCAAUGUAAAUAGUCAAUAUAACCCACACUCCAAAUGAGAUACUGUGUGUAGUUUGUGUAAAAUUUUGUACAUCAAAUUUUAUAAUUUUUUCACACGUUAAAUGGAGCAAUGAGAUGUGAUAUUGUAUAGAAAAAUAUUUAUAGAAGAAGCAAUAAAAGAUUUCUUUGUGGAAUACA